UCAAGGUUGUAUAGUAUGGGGUAACCGUGUAAUAAUACCAAGUGGCCUACAGGAAAGAGUUCUUACAGAACUACACGAUGGACAUCCAGGAGUGGUCCGGAUGAAAUCUGUUGCGAGAUCCUAUGUUUGGUGGCCAAACAUUGAUAAACAAAUUGAACAGUUAUGUAGUUCAUGUCUAGGAUGUCAACGAUCGGGACACAUGCCGAAAUCUGCACCAGUACACCCUUGGGAGUGGCCUUCCAACCCAUGGCAACGGAUACAUGUUGAUUUCGCAGGGCCUUUCAUGAACUUCAUGUUUUUAAUAGUUAUUGAUGCGCAUUCCAAAUGGCCUGAGGUAUUCACCAUGAGAUCCACUACAACCACGCUCACCAUCGAGUUACUACGCAAUUUAUUUGCUCGUCAUGGUAUUCCUGAGCAAUUAGUCUCAGAUAACGGACCUCAGUUCAUUUCUGAGGAGUUUCGUCAAUUUAUGAAGCAGAAUGGUAUUCGACAUAGUACAUCAUCACCAUAUCAUCCGCGUACGAACGGACAAGCGGAACGUUUCGUCCAAACCUUCAAACAAGCCAUGAAAAACGCAAAGGAUGAAAAACGUACAUUACAGCAAAAACUGAGUGUAUUUCUAUGCAAGUACAGAUCAACACCACAUGCUAUGACGAAUGAGACACCCGCUAAGUUGCUCUUAGGCCGAAAUAUAAGGACACGGCUCGACAUUAUGAAACCUGAUUUGUCAGCUAGGGUAUCAUACAGACAAGACCGCAUGAAAUUGUCGCGUCACACAGGAGAAACUGUCCGACAGUUUUCUAAAGGCCAAAGUGUGAUGGUACGCGAUUAUCGUUCGUCAGACAGGAAGUGGAUUCCUGCAUCUAUCCACACCAAAACAGGACCUCUGUCCUACACUAUUGACACUGGAACAGGAACUCUAUGGAGACGUCAUACAGACCAGCUUCGUGCUUGUACUGUUAAACCAUCAGAGACGGAUGUCACUACAAUAAACUUACCGGAACCGGAAGUCGGUCCUAUUACACCGGAAGUAUCAUCGACUCAUCAGUCAUCUGAUAAAGCAACUAUUUCUGACGGGAAGGAGGAAGUGGUACCUGUGAUGCCUACACCUAAGCAAAAACAGACAAUCAUUUCCAAAUCAUCCCCAUGUGUAAGUGUUGCUCCACGACGCUAUCCAAAGAGAGAACAUUCACGAGCUCCAGUGAAAUUGAACCUUUAAUUAAUUUUAGUGAUAUGUUAUUGACAACACUGUGCAAGGGCAUAAUAAUCCCUGUGUGUCAAUAAGGGCCAAAUAGGUUCUACUAAAUCAUAAGUUUUUGUUUUAGUUUGUUUAGAUGUUAAAGUUAAAGUUAAUACUCUUAUCAAAGUAAUUAAUAUUCGUAUGUUAUGAACAGUAAAAGAAAAAUCCAUAGUUGUAAUCUAGUCAAGAUUCUCCAAGUAAUAUCUCAGAGACAUUUA